AAAGAAAGAAAGAAAGAAAGAAAGAAAAGAAAUGAUCACAUCAUGAGAAAUCUAGACAAAGUCUUUAACUUUGUAUAUCCACUACAGAAUCAUGCAAUACCCAGUGUGAGAGAAUGAAGUAGGAUAGGAGAAAAUUACCUGCCGCUGCUGGGAGUCAACAAUUUUCUUAGAUAAAACAUAAAAGCACAAUGCAUUGAUAAAAAGGAUGCAGCUGGGCGUGUUGGAAGCACACAGGGCAUGGGAGGGAGCCUGGGCCCCACCCGCAGGGGUGAUGGCCAUUCCACCCGAAGGGGCAGGAGUGGCUGGAACGAGCCUGGGGGAAGGUCCUAAGCCCCGUUCACUUGGCCUCCAUUCCUUAGGGCAGGGUCCUCUGGCACUCCCCACUCCCGGGUCCUUGCUUCCUUCACCAGGAUGAGGAGCUGGAAAAUCGUGGGGACAGAGGCCUCAGAGAGCCACCCAAUCCACAGCAGCCAUGGACAGUCCCUGAGCGGGUGGGUGUGCCGGCAGGGGGCGUGGCCCCAUGCCGCAAGCCACCUGCAUGCGCACUGAGCCGACCAAUCAGCGAGGAGCGCGGGCAGCCAGGCCGGCUGCUCUCGCGAGAACCCAGGAACCAGGCAGUGAGCUUUCGUGGUGCCAGCCUCUUCAGGUCCUCUGAGGGAGCAAGAUCAGGGAUCCCUCAGGCGAGGUUCAGAGGCUGCCUCUAGCUUCCCAGGACAGCCAGCCAUGCAGCCCGUGGGCAGGAAGCGCAGCAGGAUGGCUGCCAAGGACCAGUUGGAGGCUCAAGUUACGGUCGCCCAGGAAAUGGAGCUUGCGGGAAAGGCUCCAGUAAGUUAUGAGCAUGAGGAAAGAAAACCUGUUACAGAGACAAAGAAGGGAGAUGUAACUGAUGAGCAUCAGGAAAGAGAACCUUUUGCUAAAACAGAUGAACACGUGGGGGUUGAUACCAAGGAGCUAGAAGAUAUUGCAGCUGACAUUAAAGAGGAUCUUGCUGCAAAGAGAAAAAGGAGUGAAAAGAUUGCAAAAGCUUGCAGUGAAAUAAAGAAUAGAGUUAAAAACGUUUUGAGAACAAUGCAACUAAAAAGGCAGAAACGUGACUACAGAAUUUCUCUGAAGUUGCCGAAUGUCCUUGAAGAGUUCACCACAGAUGAGCAGAAAGAUGAGGAAGGAGAAGGAGAAAAGGAAGAACAAAUUAAGAUAUUUCAAGAGCAACAAAAGAGGUGGCAACAAGAUAAGAAAGGAACUGAAAGAGAUUGAGCCAUCACACGAGCAAUUCACAAAGUUUUUAGGAGAUCAGCGACAAAUCUUUGGAAGGCAGAAAGUCCAUAAGUCCUUUCUAGAUGUCUUUUUCACUUGUGUUGUUUCAAGAGUUUUAGUUAAAUAGGAAGUAGGCAAAUGUAACUACUGAGUAUCUCUUUUAUUUUCUGCUGUAAUGUAGGAGUGUUUUAUGGCAUAUUCACUUUCAAAAUUAUUAGUGACUAGUAAUGGUUUUACAUGACAAUUUGUAAUAAUAAGGGAUGGUUCAGAUGUACAACAGAAUGGGAAAGCCAGCAGAUUAUUAACAUGUUGUGAAUUGUGAAUUAUCUGCUGUCGUACAGCACAUUAGCAAAUUGUCAUCGGACAAUGACCUCUUCUUCAUGUAGAUGUAUAUUAUUUAGGAAACAAUGGAAUUCCUUUCUGUGAGGUAAGGUAUUCUUUUUAACAAUCUUGUGAAAAGACAUGUUCAUAUGUCACUCCUCUACACUAACUGAGAUGUGUUAAAUAAACUGGGAAAGAGUUUGAAAAUAAAAUUUUUGAGCAACUUGAGGAUUAUCUAUACACAACACAGUUAUUUAUAUAGAAGUCACAAGUGGAGAACAUGUUACUAUAAUGUUCCCCAGAAACCAUUUAUUAAUUGGUAUGAACUUGAGACUAGAAAAGUUUUCCUGUCAAUGUUAAUGCUACAUGUUACCACUUAGGGUAGGAACUUCGGUAUCAUCUUGGACUCUUCUGAGUCCAUUAUCUUUCCCAUGCGGUUAUCAUGAGGCAAGUUUUACCUCUGCAAUGGUCCUUAAAUUUCUUUUUUUAAAUUGCCACUGAGGCUACCCUAGUUCAAGACCUCAUUCUUCCUUGCUUAUACUAUUAAACUCUUUUCUGAGUUCUCUCUUCUCUUCUGAGCCACCUUUCAUUGAUCAGAAAUACUAUCUUCCUAAAACCCUUCCCUUCCAAAAAUGCUUCUAGCCCUUCCCUCUUCCCAGCCUGUCAGUGGCACCCACAUGUCAGUUCUUAGAUAUUCAGAGACUCUCCCCUUUACAUGACCCCCUCUUAGGCUUGUUUUGCCGCCUUCUGUCUUUCUUCUUGCCUCUCCGGGUUGACAGCCUUCUCUGAACGUCCUCUCCAUUAAUCUCAUGCUUUGUUCAUGCUCUUCCCUCACAAUGCUUUUAAAUCUCUUUUUUUCUUGUUUUUGACCGAUUGAAAUCUUUUGCCAACUAAGUUGACAUCAGUCUCCAUUUUUGGCUACAUGUCCGAGUGAGUUGCCCUUCCAUAGCAGUUACAUAAGUUUUGUUAUCAAUUUUUUUUUAUUCGUGCAUUUACUCAUGUCACAGGAAUAUGAAAGAGAUUGUGUGUUCAUUUUUUACAUCUUCCUCAGCAUUAACAUACCACAUUUUAGGGAGUAGGAACUGUUGAACUGUUUGCUGAGGGAAUAGUAUAUAUUUCAAACAUAGUUAUAUUUUCUCUAACUUGAUGAGGUCAUAUCACAGACCAUUCUAUCCCUUCAGUGGAAACCAUGUUAUAUGGACUAUUAGUGAUAACAAAUGGGUCACUACCUGGUGAAAAAAUACGGUAUUUCAUGAUGUAAGACUACCAGUCUUUUUCUGUUUUUGCUCCAUCUUGACCAUAACAUGUUUAUCAAACCAUUUUCUUCAAGCAAAGUACAUGACUGUUGGACGUGCUAUAAUAAUAUUUCACUGAAAUCUGGUAUUAAAAUAUUUAAGUAUUUGGAGCUCCAUGUAUUGAUUACAGUUUUUAAAUUUGAAAUAAGGGGA